CUUACUACUAACUAGUAGCGGUAGCCUGGGGAUCCUGGCUGGUACUUGGGUUAGUUGGCAGGAGGACUCCUAUUGCUAUUCGGUUGGGAUAUCAUCGCAGUUGACAGUUCCUUUCUGUCCCUGAUACUUACCUUUUUGCUGGUUUUAUUGUCAUAAUCUACUCGGCUUAUCUGUCUGAAUUGACGAUACCACCGUCCACCCGCACGAACUAUAGAACCUAAGUGUACCUUAUCCCGAUUCCUUGACUACCACACCGAGCAUUCAGUACCACAUACAUACCCGGUAGCACACCCACAUCCCAGCAAGCAAGCAAGCAAGCAAGCAAGCAAAAUGUCCACCGAAGACGCCAUCACGGUCAAAUACCAGGAUCGCCUGGCCAUCAUCACGCUCAAUCGGCCGAAGAAACUCAACGCCCUCGACCAAGACCUGUACUACCUGCUCGGAGAAAAGCUCCGCGAAGUCGACAAAAGAGAUGACAUCUUUAUCACCCUCCUCACAGGCACGGGACGGUUUUUCUCUGCCGGCGCAGACGUAACCAUCAGCCGCCCCGGCGGCAGCCUCAACAGCCAAGCACGACGGGAAAUCGCGCGCUCCUUCGUGAUCAACAACUUCGACAUCACACGGACCUUCGCGCACCACUCGAAAAUCCUCGUCGUGGGACUCAAUGGCCCCGCCGUCGGGCUCUCCGCCGCGCUAAUCGCCAUGGCCGAUUUCAUCUACGCCGCGCCACACACCUUCCUCCUCACCCCAUUCGCGUCGCUGGGUCUGGUCGCCGAGGGCGGAGCAUCGCGGGCGUUCGUGGAACGGCUCGGGAUCGCGAAAGCCAACGAGGCGCUCAUCAUGAGCAAGCGUAUUAGCUGCGAGGAGCUGGUGGCGGCCGGGUUCGUCAAUAAGGUGAUUGAGGCGCCGUCCGGGCGGAGUGAUGAUUCCGACGGGUUUCUGGGCGAGGUCCUGCAGGAGGUGGAGGAGAGGUUGGGGUUGCAUUUGAAUCAGUCGAGUUUGCUGAAGAUUAAGGAGUUGGUGAGGAGGCCGGAGAGGGAGCUGUUGGAUCGGCAGAAUGGGUUGGAGGUUUUUGCGGGCUUGGACAGGUUUUUGAGUGGGGUGCCGCAGGAGGAGUUUAGGAAGUUGGCGUCGGGGGAGAAGAAGCAUAAACUUUAGAUUAGGGGGGCUGGGGUUGGGUUGGUGGUUUGUGUGUAUGAACUAUGGGUUUGUUUGGAGAUGGAGAUGUGGGUGGUUGAUGAUCGAUUUGGG